GACUCCUUCCUGGAAAGGGCCUCCCAAUCGACGGGCAGUAGGAAAGGCGAUCAUUGGCUAUUGAAGCAGCGAAGACAGAGAGGGCGGGCUUAGAGGCCUGGCCACAGCGCUAAUUGGACUAGCCUACUGGCAUCCACUGACCAAUGAACUGAUAGGGCCCGCCGGAGGGCGGGGCUAGGCACAGCCCGUGAGGACCAGAGAUGACAGUAUCGAGGCAACUGGGAGCUCUAAGUGGAGCCAAAAUGGGGCCCGGGGCGCGGACCCGACAGGUGUUUCCACCUCAACCUUCCUCAGAUUCUGAGCCAGAAACAGAGAGAGUUGGUGGUGGUGUCAUUCAGCCCAGGACAAAUGAGCUGUUGGAUUUUCUCCAGCCAGGCAAGGAAAUGGUAGCUGCCUCAAACUCAGCUGAGGGGUAUUAUGAUACACUGCAGGCACUCAAGAUGAAAAACAGACAGUAUCUAUUAGAACUGGGCUUGCUCUACCAGGUAAAAUUGGAGAAUGACCAGAAACCCUUCAAGGAGGAACUGGAAGACUUCUUCCAAGACAACGGGCGAUUGACUCUGCCGGGCAAGCCCUAUGAGGCUUCAAGAUCUAGUAUCAUAAGCCAGUCCAGUUCUUUAACUGAUCUAAACUUGGACAGUCCUUGGGAUCAGCAAAAUCCUCUCUCACUUCCUCAGUCCCACCUGAGGCCAAAGAGUGCUGCAUCUGCCUGGGUCUCUACUAUCACCAUCCCCCAGCCCUUCAAGAUGACUCUGCGUGAGGCUCAUAAAAAGCCCCAGUUGAUGAAAUCACGUGCAUCCCUUGAGCUGGAAAAACAAAGGGACAAAAGACAAAGUCAGGAGGAGGCAGAAUGCCAGAAGCAGUUCCGCGCACAGCCGGUGCCUGCCCAUGUCUACUUGCCACUCUACCAGGAAAUAAUGGAGCAGAAUGAGAUUCGCAGGGAGGUGGCAACACAGAAGAGAAAAGAGUUGCUCCUUUCCACUCAGCGACCCUUCAGCUUCCUGGAGAAGGAGGACAAGAAAAAGGAGGCCAUCAGACAGAAGAUCUUGGCAGCACUGGCUCCAGUUGAGAACUCCAAACCAAAAGGCAACAAGACAGUCCCUAAAUUCAUCUACAACCCAGUUCUUGGGGAUAAACUCAAAGAAGCUGAACUCUACAGGAAAAUUCGCAUUCAGAUGAGAGCCAAGGAUUUGUUGGAAAACUCCUCAGCUCCUAUUGAUCCUAGCAACAGACAAAGAGAGCCACAGUCCCGAAUCGCCACCAAAACCAAACAAGAAAAACUCAGCUUCCUGCAAGACGACUUCAGCUUUAAACCAAGAAUUAACCCAGCGGUGCCUGAUUUUGAAAGACUUUACUGGGCGUUUCAGAGAGAAGCAAUAAGGAUACGAGAAGUCAAAGAGCCAACUCGUAAUCAACCAUUUAAACUGAGAACCUCCAAUCUCCACUACAGGCAGAGACAGGCUAAUGAGCAGAAAAUGAAGCAGUCUUCCAAGGCUCCGGUGCAAAGAAGUCGUUCUCUGACUGGUCUCUCCUCUCUCUCUUCCAACACCCUUCCAGUGCACAUUACAGAUGCAACAAGAAAGAGGGAAUCUGCUAUUAGAUACUGCCAGGAAGACAAAAAGAGCAGGGAGAAUGAAGGAAUUCAUUGGAUGGAGAUACAGAGAAAGAAAUGUCAGGCUAUGCAUAAAUCUAUGAGCAGUCGAGCAAAAGCAAUGGAUCCCCAUAAAAGCUUGGAGGAGACGCACAAGGAGAAGCUGAAACAGAACUGGCAGAAUGACCGCAAAAGAACAAAGGAGUACAAAAAAGAACUGGAAGAAAUGCAGAUACGAGUCAAGAACCGACCAUACCUCUUCGAACAGGUCACAAAGCAUGAUGCCCGGCAAGAGGCAGAGCGACACUACCGAGACACCCUUUGUCAGGUGGGGCUGAAUGAGGAAUUUGUAAGGAACAAAGGGAGAGAUGCUACUGACCUACCAAAGGAGGAAGAGUCUGAAACUCACAGAGCUCAGGAGUCUCAGAGGGACACAGACAUUGGCACUGUACAGGAAGAAGAAUCUUAGGAAGAGCAGAGAACAAAGAAAAUGACAACAUAAGAACCCUGCACAAGACUCAGUGGACCUUCUUUCAAUUAUUUCCUUUAGUCCAAGAUUCUUGAGAGCAGCAGUUCCAAACUUUUUACCUGCAGACUUACUGCUUCCUGUGACCUGACAGCUUGGAGGAUGCCAUUUUGUAGAGCAGCAUGGUGUCUGCCACACAGCAUGAUCUCACACACACUGUACAUGCAAGGUCACGUUGUGUGGAGCAAAAUGGCAUCCUCCACACACACAGGAGCACUGUAAACGCAUCCACUGAUGGCACGACUGCAGUCCCAUCUGCCGAUGGCACAAUCCCACUUGGGGGCACAACCCAUAGUUUGGGAACCGCUGUUCUAGAGUUUCGACAGUAGAACCUCAGAGUUAUGAACACCUCAGGAAUGGAGGUUAUUUGUAACUCUGAAAUGUUCGUAACUGAACAAAACAUUAUGGUUGUUCUUUCAAAAGUUUACAACUGAACAUUGACUUAAUAC